CUUUAUUAAGAGAAAGAGGAUGCUCUCUGUUUGAGGACACAGACAGGAUGGUGUAUUAGUUACUGCUGUGUCAGUGUAUAUACACGAGUGCCUGUGUCAGUGCCCAGCCCAACCUAGGACGAGAACUGCCAUGGAAAUUUGGUCGAUGGGGUAUGUCACUUGGGCCACGAUCAUCGUCCCGCCCUUGCUGAUGACUCUGGUCUACGUCCUGGGGAUUCUCUACCGAUUCAAGACGCCCUUGGCUAACGUAGACCACAUCAGAAUGGACGGGAAGACAGUGGUCAUCACAGGGGCGUCGGCAGGAAUUGGCAAAGAGGCUGCGAGAGAUAUGGCCCGUAGGGGGGCAAGAGUAAUAUUGGGAUGCAGAAACAUUCCCAAGUCCACGAAAGUUGCUGAGGACAUACAGAGAACUACAGGAAACAAAGCAGUUUUUGUGAAGCAACUGGAUACGUCUUCGCUAACCUCCGUCAGAAGAUUUGCCGACCAGAUCUUGGCUGAGGAGACAAGGAUUGACGUUCUGAUCCUGAACGCUGGAAUCGCAGGCCUGGACGACCGGAAUCUAACAGCCGACGGCUUGGAAUAUACGAUGGCCACCAAUCACUUCGGCCAUUUCCUCCUGACGAACAUUCUACUCGGUCGUAUUAAGGAGAGUAAGCCUAGUCGUGUAGUCGUGGUGUCGUCUGACUCCUUGGCUGAGACUGUGAAGAUCGACGACUGGGGCGCCUGGACGUUCCAUUGUUUUCCCUUCCAGAACCUCAACUUCGAGAAAGGAGGAUUCGGGCCUUACAAAUCUUACUGUCAGUCGAAAUCCUGCAACGUUCUCUUCUCCUGUCGACUGGCCCAACUCGCGCGACAAGACGGUGUCAUUGUCAAUUCCAUGAAUCCUGGUCUAGUUUACACUGAAAUAUUCGACAAAUCAGGAGGGGUAUUUGUAGGACAGUUCUUCAGGCUUCUUGUGCCCUUCCUGGGUAAAACCGAAGUCCAGGGGGCUCAGACGAUUAUAUACCUGGCAGCUGCCGAAGAAACUGGAAAGAUCGCUGGAAAGUUCUUCGAAGACUGUAAGAUAUCCUCUACAGCAGACGCGCUCCUCAGAGACGAAGAUUUAGCCAAGCAAGUUUGGGAAGCUAGUGAGAGUCUCGUUUCUCUACAGCCGAAUGAGAAGCACUACUAAACUUUAGAAGGUUCUGGAACGUCAGAGUCGACAUUGUCAGCCUAUGGUGCUGAGAUAAGAACAUAUCUCUGAAUAUAAAGAGUUUUUGAAGUUUCUUUGUUUUUCACGGCUGGAGCUAAUCAUACAGUGUAUGUUAUUCAUGCUUAGGACUUAGCAUACAAUAUGUGUCAUUCAUGCUCAGAACUUAGUAUACAAUGUCAUUCAUGCUAGGAACUUAGCACACAAUGUAUAUCAUUUAUGCUCAGAACUUAGCGUACAUUGUAUGUCAUUCAUGCUGGUAUACAAUGGAAAUAAAUGUAUUAACACAG